GCCUCGCCGUUCCGCGCGGAACUUGGACUCCCGGAAUAGUCUCGCGGCGCUGUAAAACUUUAUCGCCGAGCGCUAGCCGAAAUCGGACCGAUCUGGUGGACCGCGCGGUAGGCAGGACAGCUCGUGUUCGUCGCGCUUCUCGUAGCUCCCGUUCGCAGCGAAAUCUUCACGAGGCUUUCUUAGAUUGAUUUGGCUAGAGGUACGUUUCUUGUUCCUCGAUGGAAGUGGACACGGAGAACGUCGCGAUGGACGAAACGGACGCUCUAAUGAGGACCGACAAUGGCGGCGGCGUCAUCACCAGUAACGUCAACGACGACGAUGGGGCGCCCACCGUCGAGGAAACUUAUGAGAUUACCACCACCAGGCGUAAAACCAUCCGCACCAGCUACAAGAUCCAGGAGACUUCUUCGUCGACCAAGACAACCACCAUGACGACAGCGGCGAAGCUGUACGGUAAGGAUCUGAGCGAGUAUGAUGACAUUGAUGUGGAUCAACUGCUGGCGGAGCUUACGCCGGAGGAGCUCAAUAUAUUGGCCAAGGAAGUGGAUCCUGAUGACAGUUUUAUGCCGCCCUCGCAACGUUGCAGUUAUGAAUGUAAUAAGAGUCCUACGGGGCCAUUAAAUCGCAAGAAGCUUAUUGAGCAUAUCAACAAACAAGCUUUAGAGACACCUGAUAUUCCAGAACUGAAGCCAUAUGUACCUGGUGUAAUUAGGGGCAAGAAAUGGGUACCUCCGCCACAAGACAACACAAAAGAAAAGGAGGCAGACGAGCAGAUCGCGAUAGAUCUUGGUGAAGAGUAUGAACAAGCGCUUUCGGCCGCUACCCAAGAAGAAAUCAUUGAUCUUGCUGCUAUUCUUGGAUUCCAUUCUAUGAUGAAUCAAGAUCAGUAUCACGCGUCUCUACUGAAUUCUGGACAACCAAUCGGGCUCGGUUGGGACGGUGUGACAAAGGCUAGUCAACCGAAAAUUUAUCCGAUGGAACCACCUAAUGACACAGACGUUGACGCUACCAUUAAACAAGUGCGAGACGAUGAUUCCUCUCUAACUGAUUUAAAUUGGAACAAUAUUAAAAAUAUUUCGGACGAAAAAUUCAUGCAAUUGUUCGAAGGCUUGGAAAUGAACACACAUCUCGAAUCGCUAAGUUUAACCAACGUUGGACUCAAUGACAAGACCGCGCAACGGCUAGCCGAUGCCAUAGAGAAGAAUUCGACACUCAGAGUACUCAACGUGGAGACAAAUUUCAUAAGCCCGCCUGUGAUAGUAAGGCUGAUCAGAUCCCUUCUUAAAACAAAAUCAAUCGAAGAAUUCCGAUGUUCGAAUCAGAGGUCACAAGUAUUGGGUAACAAAAUUGAGAUGGAAAUCACACAAUUGGUAGAACAAAAUCCGACGUUGUUGCGACUCGGGUUGCAUCUGGAGUUCAAUGACGCUAGACAUCGCGUAGCUGCGCAUCUGCAACGCAACAUCGAUAGGAUUUGUCGUGUGGAACCUAUGGAACGAACUAAGCUUGUAACGAUCGCUGGUGGUCCUGCAACUUUCACCGUUCUUCCCGCAGAUGACUUAAAAAAUAGAGCGUAGCGCUGUUGCAGCGCAAUCGCCUGUGCCGCAUGGGAAGAGCUUCCCGUAACUACACCAUCGGCUGGGCCAUGCACUGAUGAUGAUCGCCAUGACGAUGGCAACGACGACGACGAAGAUGACGACGACAAUGAUACGCUGAUAAGCACGUGUGAUUUUCUCGCCGCGUCAAACGCACCGCGCCGUAAAACGGCCUCCACACGCGUACUCACAUACGCACAUGCAUUCACGUAACAUACGUCAUUACACAGCGCAGUGUCGAAUCUCUCGGAUUCAAUCUCGGAAGCGUACCAUUUUUGUACUUGUGGAAUUCUAGAUCCUCUAGCUAGAUUUGUUCUGAAAUCGUAUUAACGGACAAUUGAAAUUAUUAUACGCGGAGAAAGUCGGAAGCUUCGUAUGACAAGUUAUAUGUGGGUGUCUCUCGUCUUUGUUGUUUUAAAUAAAUAUAUAAAUAUAGAUAUAUGUAUACAUACAUUUAUAUAAAUAUAUAUUCCUGCAUCACAUACAAAGCUAUACCGGGCGAUUAAAGAUACUCCAAUUACGCGUCAUGAUGUAAUAAAUUUAGAUCGUCGAAUAAACGCGUAUUGAUAAUGUUAAUUAAUAUAUACAUAUAUAUAUAUGUAUAUGUUAUACAUGUUGCAACGUAUAUAUAAUUGUUAAGUUGUCGGAGAUAAGUUUCACGGAGGGAACGAUAAGGGAAGUGAAAGGAGCCGAAGGGAUAACUUUUUUAAUAUAAUAUACAUGCCGUUUCUUAACUGGAUUAUUUAAAUAUUUAUACGAGGAGGGAAGGAGUUAUUUCAUGAAUUAAUUUGACCAAACUUUCGACCGAGUGUGACUGAACGAUCGGGUACAAACUGUUCUGUGUUCUCCAUUUUCUUUCUUCUUUUGUCAAAAUUAUCUCUUUUUACCGCUGUAUCUUAGAUAGAACGAUUCGUUAUUUCUUAUGUAUCAUAUUAAGCGAGUAGCUAUUCUGUAUUCAGAAUAGCUGUGUCUAAAUGAUUUUAAUGCAUCGCUGUGGCUGAGGUAAGUAUAGGAAAAUUUGUAAACGUAAAGAUUAAAAGACAGAAGAAUCGAUACGAUUUUAUUUUUAAUUUAAUAUUUCUAUAUUCUUUAAUCCUCUUCACAGUGCUUUUUUAAAAUUAUUUAUCACUUCUAUAAAUAGUAAAUGUUGGAAUGUCUAAAGUCGAUUAAUUAAUUGCGAUUACAUAAAUUAGAUGCAAAUAAAGAACGGAUACCACCAACCCGAUCGUUCCGCUCGGCGUGCAAUGUCACUGUAAUAUUCACUAAGGUACUAACUCGUCGUUCAAAUUAAUAUUAAUUUAGCAUAUACAUGUAUACAAUCAAUCUGUACAUAUUGUCUUCAAUAUCGUUUCUAAUCAAUCGAUGUGACCUACGUGUUGUAACGAGAGAGACUGGAUUUAUUAUAAACGUGCGCGAGAGAGAAAGUGACGUAAUUGUCUCUGUAUGCAUGCGGGUGCGAACGAGAGGGAGAGAAAGGAACGCGAAUACGUGGGUGAAGAUAAUAAUGUGGAGAAGUCUUACUGAUGUAAAUCACGCUGAUUGUCAUAGGUACGUUGUAUGUAUUCGGGAUAACUGAAUUCACGGAGAAUAUGUAGAUCAAAAGUACUGCUGCGCCGUAGAACAGAAUUGUAGAACUGUAGAAAGAGAUUUUAUACUCUCACGCUGUGUGAGGAUAUGCGAUCAGUCUGAAUUGUCGCAAUUAAUUCGACAGAUUAUAAUUUAAGUAACCCGCACUCUGUCUUCGCACUUUUGGAACGCAUACCGACUUUUUACUUUAGCUCCAUCAGUUUCAAGAAUCUUCGAGUUUCGCCGAUCGACUUGGGCUUUUCCGUAUCUUCUACGCUUUUCCACGACGUGCCAAGUUCUUCUUGGUAAGCGUAGGUGAGUCGUGGUGGCGAUAAACGGGAAGAAAUGAAAAAGAUAA